AAGCCAUCUACCUCGUUUCCACUCUCUGCUUCUUCUACCUCUGCUGCGGUUGCCACUUUUAAUUCCAUUCUUUAUCAGUUCCUAGGAACAAUCUCAGUUUUGUUUCUGCAAUUUUUUGUUUAUUUUUCUUUGUUAUUUAACUAUGGAGAUUCCUUACCCAAAACCUAUUAGUCCCAGUCAAACCCGUGUGGGCUGGAUCGGCAUUGGAGUCAUGGGUGCUGCCAUGGCUUCUCGUGUCAUAUCUGCUGGUUAUACCCUCACAGUCUACGCCCGAACCCCAGAGAAGGCUCGUGGGUUGCAAGAGCGAGGUGCCCUUCUCGCCAAUUCCCCUGCAGAUCUCGCUCGAAAGAGUGAUGUGGUGUUUACGAUGAUUGGGCAUCCAUCAGACGUUCGAUCUGUAAUGCUCGGCGAUGAAGGUGUUCUAUCUGGCCUUAGUGAAGGUGGGGUAGUCGUUGACACAACGAGCAGCCACCCUGUACUUGCUCGAGAAAUUGCCUCCGCAGCCCGUGCGAAAGGUUGUUGGGCUAUUGAUGCUCCAGUUUCAGGCGGUGAUAUCGGUGCCAGAGAUGGCAAAUUGGCGAUAUUUGCAGGUGGGGAUGAAGGGGUGGUUAGGUGGCUGUCGCCUUUGUUUGAGCCUAUGGGGAGAGCAACCUAUAUGGGUAGUGCUGGAUGUGGGCAGAGCUGCAAGAUUGCCAAUCAGAUUACGGUGUGUGCGAAUCUGCUUGGGCUGGGUGAAGGGUUCGUGUUUGCGGAGAAAGCAGGGCUUGAUUUGAAGCAAUUUAUGGAUGCUGUCAGGGGCGGCGCCGCCGGGUCUAUGGCGAUGGAGCUGUUUGGGGAGAGGAUAAUUGAUAGGGAUUUCAGGGCUGGUGGGUUUGUAGAGUAUGUGACGAAGGAUCUGGGGAUGGCUCUUGAUGGGGUGGAAGAGAAUGUGGUGGUGUUGCCUGGUGCUGCCUUGUCUAAGCAGCUCUACCUGGGUAUGGUGGCUAAUGGGGAUGGCAAGCUUGGUCAUCAUGGUUUAAUUACAGUCACUGAGAGGAUCAAUGCAAUUGCCAAGUGAAUACAUUUCCUUUUCUCCAACUUCUCCUUUGUUUCUCCCCAUGAAAAUCUGAUUCCGGGUUUUUGAAGAUUGAGUUUUUUUUUUCCUGUUUGAAAAUUGUUCUGGGUGAGACGCAGAGUGGGGUGGAGGGAGGACAGGCUUGCUUGGGUGGAGAGACUACUCUGUUGGCUUCUGGGUUGGUUAGAUUUCAGUUGGGACUUGUGCAAGAAACGUAAUUGCUUUAUCUGUAGAACAGAAAUCACACAAGUUUCUUGUUGUAUAGUUAAUUGUUUAGCGAUUUCUUUGUUUCAAACUUGCAAUCUUUUCCAACUUCAUUUCUGUUCUAAUGUAAAUAAGCUGUUCAGUUUGAUUUUGAGUUCUCUACCAUUUUGAGUCUUAAGAUCUUGACUUUUUAAUGCAAUGACAGCUAAUUUUCGUAUAAAA